UUCACAGACCAGCCGGUUGGAGAGGUGGCAGCAGAGUAAGGGCUGAGGCCCCAGGCCUGCCUGCGGUCACACCACUUCUGCAACUGGGGUGCCACCCAGCCUAGUGUGGCUGCUGGGGCAGUGCAGUCCAUUUGAUUGAGGGCUCAGGCAGGAGCGAAGAGGGGUGUAGGUGCCCCCUGGGGAACAAACUUAGUACAUGGGCCCCAGAGGUGGCCUCAACUGUGACUGUUGCAGGCUGGAUGUGGCAGUAUUCAAUGAAUCUGAGAUUCCUGAGGCUGAGACAGCCACGGCACCAGCAUCGUCCACUGCAAAGCAGGCCAAAAGGGAUUUGAGAGCCAUGGAGGUCCAACACGUGCAGUAUCUCAGCCACCCGAAGAUCCCCAAAGGUCACGCUGAAGAUCAGCAGGCAUCUGCACACGGCAAUGGGAAGAAGAAGGUAACAUGGCAUGGCAGCAAAUGCAGUAAGCACCAUGAAGCUACUCACUUCAUGAGGGACAAAGUUGUUGCUUGGAAUGGUUUCCGGGGAGCCUCAGUGAAGAAGAGGACGACCCUCCAGGUAGGGAACGAUUCCAGGUAGGACCUGAUGGGAAAGGGUUCCCAAGAGCCUUCAGGUUAUCCCUGCGGCUUGAGUGGCUGAAGGAGGGGGUAUGAAAUCAAAAACAAAAUGAAAAUAUGUGUGAGGUCUGGUUUGUUCUUGGCAAUAAUGUAAGAACUUCUUGGCAUAAAUGUAAGAACUGUCUCUAGGGGCUAUAUGGAUGCUGUGUUCCUAAGGGUACUUUGCAGUACACCUCCUCUUUUCUGCCCAGUGAAACAACAAAACCUUUGGUUUGGAUUAAUCAGCACUCCUUGGGGUUGUGCACAAGGGCUGUAGGGCUGGGCACUGAGUGUCAUCUGUAAUGAAAGGACUCUGUGGGACACAGCUCUCUCACAGGCAUUUACUUGAACUUAGAGAAAAAGUUCUUCUGCUGUAUGCCAAGGGGAAGCUGGUAAUCAUCCUCUCAACUUUGAGGACUUGUUAUAGCACAUUCAUGUUUCUGUCCUCACUGUGCGAUUUCCCAUGGGUGGAUGCAGAGUGAAUAUCCACUCUGGCCUCACUGGUAAAGCUCCAGUCUCCUGGGAAGGCCGGGGAGAAGUUUGACCUUGAGCAUGUUUCCAGCCUCCACUUCCCAUCCCUCCCACAGAUUCUGAGAUGAGGCUUCUUUCUCUUCAGUUCUCUAAUUUUUGGGGAAGCCAAGAGUUCCUUCACACAGAAGAUGGCAUUACACUAUUUCCUGUCUUCUAAAAUUAGGCUUCAGUUGUUGUCUAAGUUGAUAUUUACAAGUUCUAGUCUUUUUAUUUACAGAUUGCUAAGAAUCAUGCAAGAAGCUCCACAUGAUAAAAUGUGCGGAUAGCACGUACAUCUGUCCAUGCUACGGAUGACAUUUUUUAUCUUUGGAGGACCCUCAUUUUACAUAAUGAGAUAUAAAACUAAGUGGGCACCCUCUAUCCAGUCUGGGGUAUUUCAUUAGACCCAGAACUCUGAGUUUGAUGCUGCCUAUCAUUUGCUUUUCCUAGUGAGACUCCCCCUGACCACCUAGGCAUCGCCAGCACCUUCUGUAUAUUAGAGACCUUCAAUCAGCAUCAGGGUCUAGAAGAAAACAUCAGACAGUGAGAUGGAGCUCCCCUUUGAAGUGAAGACAGCCCUGGUCCCUCCCUGAAAUUUCUGACAUCGGUUAAGUUUACUUCUUCCUUAAGGUCACUACUCUGACUACUAAUGAACUGUUUAGACUCCUCCAGGUUUGGACUAUUAUACACAGAAUAAAUCAAUAUGUAUUUGCUCACAUUAAUUUUCAAAUUCAUUCACGUUCUUAAGUGUAACUGUAGCCUUGUUGCAUACUAGUCACAUAGUCAAUGUAGUCACAUAAGGUAUCCACUCUACUGUCGAUUGACAUAAGAAUUUUUUUUCUCCUUCAGGAGGCAUGGCUCCCGAAGGUGCAGACAUGGCCAACUCCAACAACCACACCACACACAAACAGUCAUGAAAAUGGCACAGAAAUGCUAUCAAGAAACUCUUCUCCCUAUUUAGACCCCUAGAUCCUCUGGUGUGGUCUAUGCUGGGUAGAUGUGUGACCUGACUCCUCUGUUCUGAGGGAUUCAGGGCCAGGCCCUCCAGUUUCAGUGCAGGACACUCUACAUUCCACAGGAUAGCUCAAGGUCGCCCACACAGCCACUCCGUUUCUGCCCUCCUCUGAGGAGUUCGAAGACAACAAGGUCACACUGGUGUGUCUCAUCAGUGACUUCUCCUCAGGUGAUGUGAUCGUGCCCUGGAAGGCAGGGGGGACCCCCAUCACCCAGGGCAUGGAGACCAUCAAGCCCUCCAAAUAGAGCAACAGGAAGUACACAGCCAGCAGCUACCCGAGCCUGACGCUUGACCAGUGGAGGUCCCGCAGAAGCUACAGCUGCCAGGUCACGCAUCAAGGGAGCACUGUGGAGGUGACAAUGGUCCCUGCAGAAUCCCAGGGCAGGGGUCUCCUCUCUCAUCCCAAAGCAUCCAGCCCCUUUCCCUGCAUCCAAGUAACCCUCAAUAAAUAUUGUCAAUCAGAA